AUGGAAGGUAGGAUCGUCCACGGCAGUGAUGCGGAUAUUGAACAGUUUCCUCACUCAGCAUACUUGGCGAUAUCGUGCGCUCAGAAAAACCUAUCGGAGACAUACGGGUGUGGAGCUUCUGUCAUAAGCCAAAUGUUCCUGCUCUCGGCGGCCCAUUGUCUCGACGAAUGCGACCCUGUAAGGAGCAUCAUUGCGGUGGCCGUAGGAUCCACCACGAGGAGCAAGGCCACGAAUAAAGGCGUACGUUACCAAUGCCACCCAAAGUACCACCAGAACGACGUGGAUAACGACAUUUGUAUAAUAAAGUUGAAGAAACCAGUAACAUUCAGUGCAAGAGUGAAAAAGGCACUGAUUAUGAAAACAGCUCCCCAAACGAAGAUCGCUGCUGUAGUGUCCGGGUGGGGGAUAGUAGAUGUAAGUCAACAAUUUCGUCCGUAA